UUUUGAAACAAAUGAUAACACCGGCUGCCCGCCUCAAUUUCUGGCGAUCUUUCUUUGUUGUCCUCAGGAUCAGGAAUAAUUCUAAACAAGAUCUCUGGAACGUUUAAGAGAGUUCGUUGUAUUUACAUUUUACCCCAAGUACAAUUGACUACGACAAGCAUUUUGAACACUCUGACCCCUUGAAAAGAAGGUGAUCCAUCAAGAAAGAAGUCUUCAUUCGCCAUAUUCCGCUCCUAUAGGAUUAGACCUGAAGAUGGUUUACUAGAUGGGUCAGAUUUAGGCAUCAAGCAACAAAAAGGGAGGGAGAGCAGAUGAUUAAAUCGUGCAAGACCAACUUUAAAUCUCGCCUUCUCCCCUCUCCCCGUUAAGUUUAUCAGAAGACGUUUUACUACCUCUGUUCCGUCUUUGGCCACCAUGGACACGGAUGACCACAUCGAUGACGAAUUCUAUUUUCUGGGGGUAGAAAAGUUGGAAAUCCUAUGAUGCAUGGAGAUCAGCAGUGCAAUUCCUUAGUAUAAUCCACUUUGUCAUGGGCUUGACCAAAUUACCGAUGUGUUUCAAUCAUUAUCCGAAAUCGUCACAAGCAUUUAGUUUCCUAUGGACGAGGUAUUGAGUUUCCAGUCUGUCAGCAAGGAAUUUCUGAAUGGAAGAACAGACUUAUUUAGAGUGCAACUUACUCAGAUCUUCAAAUCAUUCCAAAACUAAACGGCGGAUUUCAUGGAGAAUAUUUCUAUUCCGGAAAAGCCGAAUAUUAUUGUGUUUCAAAGACAUGGUGUUUUUACUGACAAUCUUCCUCGCAUUCACUAGCAGUGUUGUCAGGGGAAUGAGCAACGAUAUUCUACGUUUAAAUAUACCUCCCAACGAACCUAAGUUGGACCCCAACACGGUCUGCAAGACGUUCCCCGACCUGACCCCCCGACAGUACAGCCUGUGUAGUAUGUACCCUGACGUCACGGCGUCCGCCAUCCAGGGGAUCCAGAUUGGGGUCCAUGAGUGCCAGAAUCAACUCAGGAACGACCGCUGGAACUGUUCCUCUCUGGAAAAGAAAAAUAAAAACCCACACGCAAGUCCCUUGCUUAAAAGAGGGUACCGAGAGACGGCGUUUGCUUACGCCAUUUCCGCUGCUGGCGUGGUUCACCAGGUGGCGGUAGCGUGCAGUCUUGGGAAGUUGAAGUCGUGUGGCUGCGACAUGAGUCGGAGAGGGAAAGUCAGGAACUGGGAGUGGGGAGGAUGCAGUCACAACGUGGACUUUGGGGAACACUUCUCCAAGAAGUUUUUGGAUUCAAAGGAAAAACGUUCAAAAGAUAUACACGCCAAAAUUAACUUACACAACAACCGAGCAGGAAGGCUGGCCGUAAUCAGAAACGUCAACAGAAAAUGCAAAUGUCACGGAAUGUCUGGAAGCUGUGAGAUGCAGACAUGUUGGAAAGCUACUCCCGAUUUCAAGGAUGUAGGAAAUCGCUUAAAGAGGAAGUACAGGUCGGCAAGAAAGGUAAAGGUUGACGUACUCAACAAAGUGAAAACGCACUAUAAGAAAAUUAGAAAAUACACGAGAAAGACUGAUCUUCUUUUCUAUGAACAAUCUCCUAAUUACUGUGAUCCAAAUCCGGAAGUGGAUGCACCAGGGACCUCUGGUAGACUUUGCAAUAAGACAAGUUCAGGGGUAGAUAACUGUGAAACACUGUGUUGUGGUCGUGGUUAUAAUACUUUACGAGUGAGACGGACGGAGCGAUGUGACUGCAAAUUCCACUGGUGUUGUUAUGUUGUCUGCCAAACAUGCAAAUAUAAUGAAUGGGUCACAGUAUGUAAAUAAUAUACUAAACCUUUUAUCUUUAUGGUUUUGUUGUCCUCUUUUUGUUCUAUGUUUACAUUUACUUAUCAUAAUAUUUUGUGUAUUUUGUGAAUAUUGGUGUUGAUUAUGAACUUAUUCAGGUGCAGUUUUCACAUAAAAUUUUAUAACUUUCUAAAAGUUACAAUCAUCCAAGGACAUGUAAUCUGAACUUCCUUCUGCAGUUGUUGAAAUUUGAUGGUAACUUUUUUGUUAUUUUAAUUUAUGUCAUUCUCUUAUAUGAAUUUUUUAUCUUCUUACUAUCAUUAAGAAAGGAGUCUUCUCGUUAUCAGACAUAUUUCGAAUGUUAACAAAUUCAUGAAAUUUUCACAUGGGUCAUAUUAACAUAUGAUAGUAUCAGUUUAAUCAAAUUUGACCAUCUUGUUUUUGCAUCAAUGUCAGGUCAAGGUCGAGAGGUAGUUAUCUGUAGUUAUGUAAACAUCUUUUAAGAUGUAAAGUUUUCAUUCAUCAAUAACAUGACUAAAUGUCACAAUGUCUGACAAUUUAUAUUGAAAUUGAGAAAAUAUUUAAACUAAAAAUGAUAUUGCUUAACCCAUAUUUUCAUAAAUUUUGAAGAUAUCAUAAAGAUUUUUCUCGUACUCUUCUAAUAUAGAAAUAUUUCUAUUUUUUACAUAUAUGAAAACUCUAUAUGAAUAUAUAAAUUAACAGAAAAACUAAUAUACUGACCAUUUAGUAAGAGAAAAAAUACGGUUUUAGUGGGAUUUUUUUAUAAACAAAACUAUUUAUAAAAUGGGCGCUUAAAAAGCUAAUAAAAUGUAAUUUGAUCAAAAAUCAUAUUUUAAAAACACUUUCUGAAACCUAACUAUCACAUUAUAAGUUUACAUUAAUUAAAAAAUCCAUCAUUAUUAUUAUUAUUGUUUUGAGA